AGCCCAAAAGGCGAAACAAACCCACACUAUGCUCUUGUUGUGGUCGUCUUCCCUUUUCCGACGACGAUGAAAGGGAAAGGGAAGCAGGUCGUCGGAAAAGUUGCGGCCUCGGCCGCUUCUUCCUCUUCCGUGAAGAGGAAGACAGCGGCGUCAGAGAACCCCGGCGGCUGCCGUAAGAGGCGUCGGCGACCUGGGGUUCUCCAGUUCUUCGACGAUGCGGCCGUCGAUGCCGAUUCUGACUGCGAUAACAAGGAGGAAAGCGAGGUGGAUGAAAAAAUUACCGAUCUAGUAGAUUUCGCUGAUGAUGGAAAAUAUGAGAAUAAAAAAAUUACUGGAGAUGGACAGUCCCAUCAUCUUCCUUUUUUCGUGAAAGAGGAGCUGAGUGGUGAUGAACUAGAAGAACUAAUCAAUGAUAGAUAUGCCCAUGGUUCAGAGCAUGUGACAUACAAUGAUGAUUCUGCUGAAUGUGAUGUCAAGGCCUCAGAAGCAGAUGGAAUGAAGGAUGUGAUCAUUUGGAAAGUCAAAUGCAUGGUUGGACGUGAACGACAGAUGACCUUCUGCUUCAUGCAAAAGUAUGUUGAGUUGGAAAACUUGGGAACGAAACUGCAGAUUUCUUCUGUGUUUGCUCUUGAGCAUGUCAAAGGUUAUGUUUUUGUUGAAGCUGAUAAACUAUAUGAUGUUAUUGAGGCAUGCAAAGGGUUUUGUAGCGUAUAUUCAAGCAGAAUCAAUAUUGUCCCAAGAAGUGAAGUUCCACACUUGCUUGCUAUUCGGAACAAAUUACCUGAAGUAUGUACUGGAAAGUUGGUUCGUUUGAAAAGUGGAAAAUACAAAGGGGACUUGGCACAGGUUGUGGCAGUUGAUGAUGGACAGAAACAAUUAACUAUUAAGUUGGUUCCUAGAAUUGAUUUACAAGCUAUUGCCAAAAAAUUUGGUGGUGGGAUAUCAUUGAAGCUUGCUGCUGUUCCUGCACCACGUUUGAUAAGCUCUCAUGAACUCGAGUCCUUCAGACCUCAUAUUGAAGUCAAGCGUGAUCGGCUGACUGGAGAACUUUUUGAGGUGCUUGACGGCAUGAUGCUGAAGGAUGGUUACUUGUUCAAAAAGGUUUCCACUGGAUCUGUAAUAUUCUCUGGGGUCCAGCCAUCAAGUAGUGAGCUUUUAAUGUUCUCUGAUGUGACUAAUAAUAUGGUUGAAGACUUAAACUGGGUUUCAAGCAUUUACAAUGCUCGUAAGAAAAAGCCGGGAGCUGAAAUAUUGGAUGAUGAAGUGUCAGUUGUCACAAAAAAUGAUUACGGUCUUCAUGAUCUUGUCUUGUUUGGGCAGAAGCAUUAUGGUGUUAUUAUUGCUGUUGAGAAGGACUGUUUCAAGAUAUUGAAAGGUGACAUAGAGGGAGAAAAUGUGGUCACAGUUAAGAUUCAGGACAUAAAGAACUCAUGUGUGGAUAAAAUGUUCACGGCUUUGGAUUGGAAGAAGACAACCAUAUUCAUUAAUGACAUUGUCAAAAUUUUGGCAGGGCCAUUGCAGGGUAGAGAAGGAGUUGUGAAACAUAUGUACAAGGGCACACUCUUUAUUCAUGCUGAAUAUGAAACCAAAAAUAGUGGUUUCUUUUCUGUGAAAUCCGUGUCAUGUGAGAAAGUGAAAGAGUCGAAGAAUUCCUAUGGUGUAAAGGCUGGAAAGGGAAAAGAAGCAAACACUUCAUUCUCUCAAUCACCUAUAAGAACAUUUGACCGAGAAAACAAUGCUCAUGGCUCCACCCGUCGUGGCCAAAGUGAUAAUGAGCAAAUGUUCUCAAUUGGCCAGACAUUGAGGAUCCGAGAAGGUCCACUGAAAGGGUACCUGUGCCGUGUGGUAGGCAUCUACCGCUCUGAUGUCACAGUUAAGCUGGAUUCUUUAGUGAAGCUUAUAACAGUUAAGGACAAAUCUCUAGCAGUGCCGAAAAUAAAAGGAGAUAAUGCAACUGGAUCAUCUGAUCAAGCUACUAUAUCCUCUGAUCACUUUGGAUUGUCCACAGCUUGUCCAUCAUUUGGAGAAACAUCAACACCAGCAGAGAAAAGUUCAUGGGACUCUGUGAUGCCAUCAUUUGGCAGGGAUUCUUGGCAACCUUUUUCUUCCUCCAAUUCAUCAGUUGCUUGUAACAAUGAGAAUCAAACAGAUCAUGGAAAUGAGGCUGAUCCUUGGAGUAAUAUGGCAACAGCCACUGGUAAACAGACCUCAGGUGGUUCCAUUGAGAUCACGGAUGGUUGGGGUCUAGGACUUGGAGCUGAUCCUUGGAACAAGGUGACAUAUGCUAAUAGAACUGAUGCACCUACUUCUGAUGGAGCCAUAGGUGGAUGGGGUAAUUCAUCCAAUUCAGGUUUGCUGGAGAAGGCUUCCAGUGGUGCUGGAGAUCAAGCUGGAAGUAGUGAAAUAAAAUCAUAUGAUUGGAGUAACAAAGCUGCAGUUGUUCUGAGGAAUGAUGUGGAUGGAUGGGAGAAAUCAAAAACUUCCGUAGAUGAUGCUGGAGGAAUCUGGGAUAAUGAGAGUGUUAAAAAGAGUAAUGCAUGUUCUUGGGACAGUGAAGGAAUAGGAAAAAUGAGUAAAAAAGAAGAUGCAUGGGACAAAACUGCAAAAUCUCAAGAGAAAAGCAAUGACAACUGGGAUGUUGCUGCUAUUGGUCAGACUCAAUCAAACAAUAAUACAUGUUCUUGGGACAAUAAAGAAGGCAAAAUAAGUACUGAGGAUGAUGCUUGGCAAAAAGCUGCAAAAUUGCAAGAUACAAACAAUAACAGCUGUGAUGCUGUUGCCAUUGGCGGGUCCCAUUCUAUUCAAAACCAUGGAUGUGAGGUUGGUGACUGGGAUAAUGCAAAGAGUCCAUCUGCUAGUCUAUCUGGUUAUCGUGUCAAAGCAAAAGAGAAUGACAAAGCUGUAAUUGGCAGAUUAAGCAGAGCAGGAGUUUCUGGCCAAAGUCAGAAUUGUCUAGGGGACAAUCGAAUGUCACCCAAAGGAAAUUAUGAUUUCAACUGGAACAAAGGAAAAGACUGUGAAGGAGCUGAUGCAAAUACUCGGAUGAACUCAGAAAAACCUAGAGAAUUACAACAUGUUGGUGGUCUAGGUGCAACUGAUAAUGAUAGAUCCCAGGACAGCUGGAGUAAGAACCAUAACUGGGGUCAAACUUCUAGUUUGGAAAGAGAAAGGGAACAAGAUAAUGGACAUAGGAACCAUGAUAACAACUGGAGCCGGCAAAACGAAUUUAAUGUGUUUAGAGGAAGUAGUUGGGAAAGAGGAAGGGGAUUCCAUGGAGUAAGUGGAUGUAUGAAGCAUGAUGCAGGAGAUCAAGAGUGGUUAUCUGGUAGGGGAGGAGGUAGAGAUGAAGGCAGAGGCAAGGCCAGGGGACAUUCUGGUGAAGCUGGAGGUAAUAGGGAUGGUCUUAGUGACACGAGAUCUGUUGGGCAAGUUUGCAAUUGGGAUAAGGGCCAUGGUGCGAUUGAAACUUCAGAUUGGAAGAACCAGCAAAGUUCUGUGGAUUCGUUGUCUAAUUGGGAAAAUGAUAAAAAUGCUGACUGGCAUAAAUUGAGAAAUUGUAAUCAAAAUGAAUCAUUGGGAAAAACUGGUCAAAUGCAUUCCUGGAGCAAAAAUAAAUCUUUAGCUGGCCAGUCCUUGUCUGGUUGGAGCAGCUUCUCACAAGAUGCUGAUGCAAAAAAGGAUGCCAAAGGUGUGGAUGAUGCUUCUUGUUGGGAGAAGGGAACAAGUUUACCUGAGGGAAGCAGCAACUGGGAAAAAUCUCAUGCUGGGGAACAAUUUGAGUUGAGUAAUGAUGACAAAAACAAGUGGAGCACUACAACUACAUCUGGAUGGGUAGGUGAUUCUUUAAAAAAUGUACCUGCGGCUCCGGAAAAUUUGCAUAUAUCCAUUUGUAGAAGGUUCAUUGGGGACAAUCAGGACAUGUCCAUUGUAAGUGAUGGUAAUAAGCCUGGUUGGGAUAAAUUGUCAUCCAGUGAUGAAGGUAAGGCUGCAGGUGGAUAUGAAUGGGACAGCAUGAAAGCUUCAGGUGCAAAACAAGUCUCUGGCUGGUGUGGCUGGACUGACCAUGCUUCGGAAGUAAAAGCUUAUGAGAAAACAAUUAGAGGAGCUUGGGAUGGACCGAGAGCUGAUGAGUCUUGCAAAAAUUCAACCGGUGCUGGUAUAAAUAGCUGGGAGGUAGCUGUAAGAAGUGAUGAAAAAGCAAGAGGUGUCAUUUUGGACAAGUCAUGUGAUUGGACUCAUUCUGAGGUUAGCAGUGGAAAUGUAGAUGCUUGGGACAUGGAGGGAAAAAAGAGAACUGCAGAUGGCAAUUGGGACACAACUACUAAUUCUCAAAGGGAGAAGACUGAUGAAGGUAAUAAUUGGGGUGAUAAUUCAAAAGAAAGUAAAGAAGAUUUCACAGUUCAAGGUGGAUAUCAAACUGACAGCAGGAAUGGUGCUGUUCUACAUUCUACACAACCAGGAACGGAACAUUCUGGCCAAGUUAGCAGUUGGGAAAGAACAACGAAUUCUUGGUCUGGUCAGUCUGGUCAGUGGAAGGAUAGACAGUCAAAUGAUUCGAAAGAUUGGAAACAAGGAGGAUCCAAGCAAAGUGAAAAUGAUACAUGGUACGGGCGAAAAUCAUCUGGUGAAGAAUUUGGGAAAGGUGAUCAGGUUGACAGAUGGAGCAAACCUAGAGAAGGGGGUCAUGGGUUCGGUAGAGGAAGAGGUGGAGGACAAAAUAGCUGGGACAGUGGUAGCUGGAAUAAAGAAAUGGAUCAUGUUGGUAAUCAAAGAUCUGGUUGGGGAAGAGGAAGGGGAGGAAAUAAUGAGGCUGAUGGUGAAAAGCAAUGCAAAUGGAACAAGCAGAGAGAUUUUAGUGAAGACAGGGGAUCUAGUUGGGUAAGAGGAAGAGGCCGAUUCGGAACAAGAGAUAAAAGUCAAGGUGACAAUUCCGAUGGGCCACCCAACCAGCAAGGCAGAUGGUCUGGAAGCAGAAGAGGUUGGGGGCGUAACAGUGGUUAUAAUUUUGAUGGUGGAUGGCAUUUUAGUCAUGGUGGCGGUAGGGGUCCUGGUCACAGCAGUUUUUUCUCAUCUGAUAUGAAGGAUGACAGGGAGAGCUGUGGUGAUGGAUCAUUACCUAGAAAUUCUGUAUCGAGUUGGGGCAGCAACGAAAACACUGGUUGGGAAAAGUCCAAAGACCAUGCAAAUUCCGAAUGCGGAGGAAAAACUAAUCAACAACAUGAUUGGAGCAAGGGAAAAUCUCAUGAUGGUGACUCAUCUGGCUGCAGUAAAAGGUCGUCAAACUGGAGCAAAGAUGAAGCAGAUGUUGGAGAAGAGAACUGGGCCAGGACCAAGGAAUUUGGUGUUGUUCAAUCUUCAUCUUGGAAUAAAUGGUCCACGAAUACUGAAGAUAUUGGUGAGGCAUCUGGUAUAUGCAGAAAUUCCAAAGAUGCACAAGCUGCCGGUGAUCAAGGGUGCAGUUGGGACAAAGCAGCUGUGUCUUGGGACGAGCACUAACAACGAAGGAUGUGGAAGCAAGGGAGGAUAGUAAUAUGUAUUUUUGGUUUGUACAUAUAUCUGAAUUAUGCUGAUAAAUCAUGUAAAUUUCCGUUCAAUUGUCUGCUGUCCUGAACCUAGCUUGUUGGACUGUUUCUGGACUUCAAAUGUGGUCUUAUUGGCAUCUAGACUUCUUUGAAAAGCUUGUCUAAAAUCAUCUUUUAUGGUAGCA